AUGGCAGAAGGCGAGGACUACCAACCGCACCGACCGCGCCAGCACCACUCACACCACCACCAGCACCACCAGCAGCACCAGCAGCUGGUCGAGCAGCUGCUGGCCAGCCCUCUGCUGGCCGGCAGCUCGGUGGUUGAGGCGCGUCCUGUGCUGGGCCCAGCAGCCGGCUCUGUGCCGCUGGUUAGCAGCGCCCAGUUGCAGCGGCAGAUGCAGCGACAGCAGGCAGUGAUCGUGGGUCUCCCGCUGCAGCAGUAUCUGCAACUGCAGGCGGUGGCCAAUAUGAACCUGCGGCACCUGGCGGCAGCGGCGGCAGAGAGACCGGACCUACCACCAGCAGGACCAACUCCCAGCUCGACUUCAGACAGCAUCCAGCAAAGGACUGGAACGGUGACCUUUCGGCCCGACUACACCGGUGUGGACUACUUCAGUCAGGCGGAGUUGUUCAACCAGCUGAGCCCGGCGGAGGCUGCCGAACUUGGUAUCACCCGGCCGGGACGGCCGCUGGAGGAACCACAGCUGUCGUCCUGCAGUAACGCCGGCGGCACGUGUCACGCGACCGCUUCUGUCGGUGGUGACAGCAGCGGAGGGAGCGGCUCCGGAGGAGUCAGACCCGUGGCGCCGCCGAGACCAGCGCGGCCGCAGCAGAUGGGCGCUGGAAUACAGGUGGUGCCAGCAGCCACCUUCAGCCGCCCCACCCUCCAGGACCAGCACAUGGGGAACGGGAACGGCCGGCCGACAGCAGCUCCGACCACCUCCCCCAUCACCACGAGCCGUCCCUCCAGGCGUCCCUCCACUCGUCCCUCCACGCGUCCCUCCACCCGUCCCUCCAGCCGACCGCAGACGGACGCCGAGCGGACCAAUGCGCUGGCUGCGGCCAUCCGCAACCCACUGAUGCUGGCCAUCGGUCUGGUGGCCGUGAUGUCGGCGGCCUACCUAGCCAUCGCCAUGGAGGAGAACAACAGCCUGCAGGCGUUCCAGGCGGCGCAGCUGCAGGCGCAGCAGGACGAGUUCGCGGCCAGCCAGGCGGCGGCGGCGGCGGCGGCUGGGAGGUGA